CCCUGUUCUGCCUCUGUAAAUGAUCGUUCACGCAAAACUAGCAAAUUCAUGGAGACAGAUUGAUAAGAUAAUGGAAAGUGAUCAACUCUGCUACUACUAGCUGCUACCACCACACAAUUUAGAUGUGAGGAUUUAAGUUUUCAAGAGUAUGAAGUGGGGAUAUGGUGGAAGAGCAAUGAUGAGGAGUUACUUCAGAAUUUGAAGAGAGGAAGAGGAACGACUUGAGAAGCCAUGAUUGCUUCGAGCAUAAACCUUGUGAUGACCGUAAUUGGAUUUGCAGUCAGUACGAUGUUUAUUGUUUUCGUCUGCACGAGGCUUAUAUGUGCAAGGAUCCAACUGAGUGCUUCCAGACGAUCCUUCCCAACGGCUUCUAGAUCUGAUUUUUGCCUUUUGGAACGUGGGCUUCACGGACUUCAGCCUGUUUACAUAGCCACUUUUCCUACGAAGAAGUUCAGUGAUGAUUUUUUCUCUUCUACAGAAGAUUCACAAUGCACGGUAUGCCUUAUAGAAUACCAGGACAAGGACGUAUUACGUAUCCUUCCCUACUGUGGGCAUUCCUUUCAUGUGACCUGCAUAGAUGUAUGGCUGCAGCAACAUUCUACUUGUCCUGUUUGUCGAAUUUCACUGCGAGAAUCUCCUGAGAGGAAAUGUGUAAUGCAACCCAUGGCUAGUUUGGCCAUCCAAUCAACUUAUGGAAUGAUUUCUAAUUAUCCUUGCUUGUACACUAGCCAUGGGUGUUCUUCUAGAACAGUUGAUGGCCAAAGGAUGGAACCCAUUCACGAGCAUCAGUUUACAUCCGACGCUGAUGCAGUAGAAGCUGGCAGAGGAUCAGUUCCUCCUUGAACGAGGAUAACCAGGUCCCAAAAGACGGUGGUCUCCACAGGUUGGGGACCAAGCAUGUUGAGAGUCCAUCUGAUCCAUAGCACAAGCAAUACAUUGUGUCCAUGUCAUGUUCUCCUUUGAGAUUGUUGAUCAUUUCUGAUUGAAGGUUUUUACUUAUUCAGAUACAUAAUACAUGUAGUUAAUCCAUUUUUCUCGUGGCUUACUGUAAAUAUGAUGACUGCAUUGGUUCCAGAUUGUAGCUGGGUUCUGGUUGGUUUUUGUAAGUAAGCUGUAGAACCAAGAUUGAAAUUAAUUCAAGCUUGUUAACUUUUAUU